UGAUAACCCACAUGCAAAUGGUUCGUAUCAAAAAGAUAUAAAAACCGAUGCAGCGAAACAAGUGUUAGUUUCAAAAACUUAAACUGCUGAAAGAUGUCUGUUAAUUGCUUGAAAGUUCUUCUGAUCCUGUCAAUCGCGACUUACGGGGUGGUUGUACGAGCUAUGUUGGAAUGUCGAAUGGAAUCGGUUUCAAAAAUUUAUGGAGACAACGAAACACUAAUGGAGUUUAAUUUCCGAUUGAUUGGACGACAACGGCUUAUAAAUGGAACAAUCAUCUUCCACGUUGACUUAAAUGACGAUUUUCAAGUUUCUAACGAAAUCUACACACACGUAGACGGCGAAUGGCAGCCAUCUACUAUUGGUGUUAAGUACAAGGCCUGCACAUAUCUGCCUCUGAUAUAUGAUAAAUACUUUUCACCUUCCUUUAAGGACACGAAUUUUCCAACAGGCAAAGGUUCGUGUCCAGUCAAAAAAGGUGAAUAUUAUAUGAGAAAUGCAGAGAUAAUAGCCGACAAUUGGGCUUCUUAUGCCCGAUUGGGUUUGGUCAGAACUCUAUUACUAAUCAAACGAAAUAAUGUGCUCUAUGGCGGAUUAGAAAGUUUAUUAGUUUUAAGCGAGAAGACCUUUUAAUAUUUUGAGUUCGAAUAAAGCACAGAAGAGCUAUAAAAUAAAAUAUAUUAUAAUAAUACAUUUCGAACAAACUUUCUGCUGAUGCUUUAUUUUCAAAAUCAUAUCAAAGAGAACCGCAAAAACGUGUUAAUAAUUUCUGAUUUCUUGUUUUCUAUCUAGCAUUUCGAUUUCCCGACAUUAGCCUUGCUCUCUGCAUUCCACCCACUAACUUGA